AUGGAAUAUGUAAUGCAAGGCAAUGAAGACGCAGAAGAAUCACCACGGGAAACCGAAAGCAAUCGAACUGAUGCUGCAGCUGGAGGCGAUAAUGAUGGCCUAAGCAUGCAAGAUGAAUGCAAUUUUUUAGGUCACACUGUUCACUUAGUAUAUUCAGAAUAUGAUGAUCCACCAUCGGAAACUGCUGUAGAAGUAAUUGAAGGGCCGCAACAUUACUGGUGGUCAAGUGUGAAAUCACCUGAUCAAGAAGUAUGUCUUGUUUAUUCUGAAUACAGUGAGCCAUCAACUGAAACAAGUAUUGAUAUGGACCAGUUCUUCAAUGAUAAAAAAAAAACCGGACGUGAAGUUCGCCUAGUAUAUUCUGAAUGUGAAGAACCACCAUCAGAGACAGACGUUGAAUAUGAUGGACGUCCUUGGUGUUCACUUUUCGGUCAAGAUUUGCGAUUUCUUUUAGGCUAUGAAAAAGUUUACUUGGGAAAUCGAAUCUAA